CCGCGUUUCGCAAGUGGCGCCGCCGCACUCCACGCCGCCGGUACGCGCUACUCCCUUCCCUUCCCUUCCCGCCCGAGCGAGCACGAUGGCCUCGGGGAGGGACCUCGCCAUAGCGUCAGUCUCCGCCGCCGUAGGUGCCGUAGCCGCAGCGGCAGCGGUGCGCUUCCUGUCCUCCCACGGGGCCACCCCCGCCAAGCACCAGGCGCCGCCCGCGCCGUGCGCCGAGCAGCUCGAGGCCAACGGAUGCGCCGCCGACCGCCCGCCGGUGCAGUCCCCCUUUGAUCCCGCCAAGAGAGAAGGGUACAUCUCCUGGGACGACUACUUCAUGGCGAUCGCGUUCCUUUCGGCUGAGCGAUCCAAGGAUCCUAAUCGGCAGGUUGGAGCGUGCUUGGUUAGCCAAGAGGGGAUAAUCCUAGGAAUUGGGUAUAAUGGAUUUCCUAGAGGUUGUUCUGACAAUAAGCUUCCCUGGGCAAAGAAAUCUGCAAAUGGAGAUCCAUUGGAAACAAAAUACCCCUAUGUUGUCCAUGCUGAGGUUAAUGCUAUUUUAAACACAAACCAUGCUUCAGCGGCUGGACAGAAAUUAUAUGUUACCAUGUUCCCCUGCAAUGAAUGUGCUAAGAUUAUUAUCCAGUCUGGUGUAUCUGAAGUCAUAUAUUUUGUCGAGAAAAGGAUUGACAACUCUGAUUAUGUUUACGUAGCCUCACACAAGUUGUUAUCAAUGGCUGGUGUUAAGGUCAGGAAACACCAACCACAGAUGUCACAAAUACCAAUCAAGUUUCAGGAGCCUCGUAACUGUACUAGGGAAAGAACGGUCUGCCUUUAAGGAGCGCAACAUGGAAAUCCAUUUAGCUGAUCUUAUCUUCGUUUGUUUUCUCCUUGUCCCCUUCAUAUACCUUGCUGUGCUUAAGUAUAAGAUUUCUGUUGAUCAUGGGAUUCAUGGCAGCAAAGAACAAAUCAUUGUCUCUGUUCAUUCAACGUCGUAAGUUGGCAUGAUCCUCCAGGAUGCUGUUAAACAGAGUAUGGAGUACAUAUCAUGUCUCUAUUUGUUUCACCACUUGUUAAUUACUUUAGAUCCUGAUUGGCGAAUGAGUUUAUUAGAGCUGGGAUUGGGAAGUACAAAUGAGCGGAUGGUUAGGAUUAAAUGAG